AAGCCGGGAAAGGUGCAGUGUUCCGGCAAACCGUGGUUGCAGUAUAUAGAUAGGAGGUCCAUGGCCAAGUGUUAAGAGGGGAAGCAGUUGCCACUACUAGAUUCAAGUGAGCUCAUCAGACCUCGCUCGCACCGGCCGAGCCGGCAGCUAGCCCUCCACCGCCGGUGAGGCCACCAUGGCCAAGCUCGCCGCCCAGCUCAAAAACAAGUUCUUCGGCCUCGUCGGCCGCAUCACCAGCUGUGCCCGUGCCCACAAGGACGCCGCAGCAGGAGUGGCAGAGCCCAAGCCGGUGGCAUCUCAGCAUGUCGAGAUCAGGUCAAGGGGAGGUGCUCCACACGUGGACGGAGGGGCCAAGGGUCACAUCAACAAUGAUGUCGUCUAGAGCAGACGGUGAUCCAUGGAUGGCGAUUCCUCCUAAGCUCCAAGCGUCGAGCGUCCUUCAGAUCAGUGAUUGCUCGAUCUUGUCUUCGUGUCGUCAUUAGCAGCUAUCGUUCUUCAGUGUGUGUAUAGUACGCGUUCUGCUCGCUCUGUUCCAGGCUCUGCUGUGUCGUGGUAAAUGCAUGGUACUGUAAGUGCUAGCUGCUUUAUGCAUGUAAUCAUGUUGAUUAACGGUGUGAUGUCUUUUAUUUGCAAAGCAUAGGCGUGGUGCGUUGUGAUGUGCUUGCUUAAUUAGUAGGCAUAGGUGAUAACCGCACUCUGCGGCAAGAGAGUUCCUUUUAUUAUUUUUCUUUGCUAAAGACUUGUCUCAAGUGCUUGAUUGCGGUUUAUUUGCUAAAGCACUGUGUGUUCUGCAGCUUGUACUUUACACUGUACGCUUCUUGUAUCUUUGUUAGUACAUGAGGCAAACAUUGCAUACACGGGUUC